AUGAUCCCGUAUGCUUCCCCAUCUCUCCUCCUCAUUAACCUGGACCUGUUCCCUUCUACCCAGGACCUCCAUGGCGUCUCCUCUUGUUGCAGUUUUUCUUCCCCGGCUCGUAGCAUCAGCGCACAGGCUCUGACAACCGCUAAGUCCCUCAUUAUCCGGCGUGAGAGAGUCCGGAGACAAACACAGGGAAGGCUGCAGCCGAGACAGCAGCACAGCACAAAUUGCCUCAUGGAGCUCAUUGAAAUGCAAGCGGCGGGGUCCACACUGUGGUGGGAGGAUGCAAGUUAG